AUGGGCGCGCGGCGACGCGCGAUCGUCUCGCGACGCGCGAGGGAGACGACGGGACGCGCGACGGGGCACGCGACGGCGAGCAAAGUCGUGGAACACUUUUUUAGGCGACCGUUCGUGUCGGACGAGGCGUGCGAGACGCUGGUGAGGAAGGUGAACGCGAGGCUGGGGCGAGACGCGGUGGCGCGCGCGGAGACGGAGCAGUGCUUCAACGUGGAGUGCGAGGGAGGGCUGAGCGACGCGGCGAAGGAGACGCUGACGUGGUUGCUGAGGGAGACGUACGAACCGGAGCUGUUCGGGGCGACGAGCGCGCUGGUGGGCGAGAGUGGAUCGCCGGUGGUGGAGGUGGGACCGAGGUUGGCGUUUCAGAGCGCGUGGUCGACGAACGCGGUGUCGGUGUGUCGAUCGUGCGGGUUGGAGAACGUGACGAGGUUGGAACGGAGUCGGAGGUUUAAGUUGUUUGCGGCGAACGGGGCGAGCGUGGACGAAGAGGCUGUGCGAGUGUUCUCGGCUAUGGUGCACGAUCGCAUGACGGAGUGCGUGUACGACGAACCUUUGAAGACGUUUGAAUCCAACGUCACGCCUGAGCAAGUGUACACGGUGCCGAUCACCACGGAAGGACGCGCGGCGCUCGAAAGGGUUGACAAAGAGAUGGGUUUGGCGUUUGAUGACCAAGAUUUCGACUUUUACAUGCGUUUGUUCUGCGACGAAAUCGGUCGAGACCCGACGAACGUCGAGCUCUUCGACAUGGCGCAGAGUAACUCUGAACACUCCCGUCACUGGUUCUUCUCCGGCGAGCUCACCGUUGACGGGCAAAAGAUCGACAAGACGUUGUUCAAGAUGGUGAAGGAAACCAUCGAGGGCGAUCGCGCGCACAACAGCGUGAUCCAGUUCAAGGACAACUCGUCCGCCAUUCGCGGUUUCGUCAACACGCCGCUGCGACCGGCCAACGCCGGAGGGCCGUCGGCAAUGGUGAAGAAGGAGACCGAUCUCGAUCUUCUUCUCACCGCGGAGACGCACAACUUUCCCUCGGGCGUUGCGCCGUAUCCGGGCGCGGAAACGGGCACCGGUGGGCGCAUUCGCGACACGCACGCCACGGGCUGCGGUUCCACUCUCGUCGCCGGUACUGCCGGUUACAUGACGGGUAACUUGCGCUUGGACGGUAAGAUCCUUCCUCACGAAGACACCACGGCGGUCUACCCGUCCAACUUGGCGUCCCCGUUGCAAAUUCUCAUCGACGCCUCCAACGGCGCCUCCGAUUACGGGAACAAGUUCGGCGAGCCGGUGAUUUUGGGCUUCUGCCGUACUUUCGGUCAACGCAUGCCGAACGGUGAGCGUCGUGAAUACAUCAAGCCGAUCAUGUUCUCCGCCGGUUUCGGUCAAAUCGAUCACACGAACUUGGAAAAGCAAGAGGGCGACAUUGGUAUGCUCGUCGUGAAAAUCGGCGGUCCCGCGUACCGAAUCGGCAUGGGUGGCGGAGCCGCAUCGUCCAAGGCUGGUGGCGAAGAUGAAGCCAACGCGAGUCUUGACUUCAAUGCCGUUCAACGCGGUGAUGCAGAAAUGUCCAACAAACUCAACCGCGUCGUGAAGGCGUGCGUCGAACUCAUGGGGGAGAAUCCGAUUUUGAGCAUCCACGACCAAGGCGCAGGCGGUAACUGCAACGUCGUCAAGGAACUCAUCUACCCGAAGGGUGGGGAAAUCAAUAUUCGCGAGGUCAAGCUUGGUGAUAACACGAUGAGCGUGCUCGAGAUUUGGGGCGCCGAAUAUCAAGAGAACUCUGCGAUGCUGAUCAAACCCGAAUCCCUCCCUAUUAUUGAGAAAAUUUGCGCCCGAGAACGCUGCCCGUUCUCUGUGCUCGGUAGCAUCAACGGUAGCGGACGCGUCACCGUGCGCGAUCCGGAUGCCCCGCCGGGUACGCCGACUCCGGAAGAUCUCGAUCUCGAGGCCGUACUGGGUGAUGUUCCGAAGAAGAAGUACGAUCUCAAGCGCGACGCGCCGCUCAGCUCGAAGUUCGUCAUGCCGGCGGGCGAAACCGUCGGUUCCGCCCUCGACCGCGUACUCUUACUUCCGUCCGUGUGCUCAAAACGUUUCUUGACCACGAAGGUCGAUCGUUCAGUCACUGGUUUGAUUGCGCAGCAGCAAUGCGUCGGUCCUCUGCAAAUCCCACUCUCCGACGUCGGUGUCAUCUCCCAGACGCACUUUGGCAUAACGGGCGGCGCCACGUCCAUCGGCGAAGCCCCGCUCAAGGGCUUGGUUGACCCGCGGUCGAUGGCCCGUGUCUCGCUCGGUGAGUCGCUCACCAACAUGGUCUUCGCGAAUACACAAGGCAUGGACUAUGUCAAAUAUUCCGGCAACUGGAUGUACGCCGCCAAGCUCGGAGGCGACGGCGCGCACAUGUACGACGCGUGCGAAGCGCUUUGCGAAACUAUGAAGAAGCUUGGCGUGGCUAUCGAUGGUGGUAAAGAUUCCUUGUCUAUGGCCGCCAAGGCUGGUGGUGAGGUCGUCAAGACGCCCGGCACGCUCGUCAUGUCUGGCUACGUCGGCGUCCCGGAUAUCACCAAGACGGUGACGCCGGAUUUGAAGCUUCCGGGCACGGGCAAGCUCAUUCUCGUCGAAUUUGGUAGCAAGGAUGGCAAGCGACGCAUCGGAGGUUCUGCACUCGCGCAAGCGUACGCCCAGGUUGGUGACGAAAGCCCCGACUUAGAUGACACCGCCUAUUUCAAGGCGGCGUGGAGCGCGACGCAAAAGCUCGUCGACGGGCGAAAGAUUAGCGCUGGUCACGACGUCUCCGACGGCGGCUUCAUCACCGCCGUGCUCGAGAUGGCUUUCCCGUCCACCACCGCGGGUGUGAAUGUGACGCUUCCCGGAAGUGACGCUAUUUCUGCGUGUUUCGCCGAAGAACUCGCCAUUAUUCUCGAAGUCUCGCCUGAAAACAUUUCCGAAGUCAUGGCGACGUACGCCUCCGCGGGAGUCACCGCUCGUGCGAUUGGGCAAACUACUAACGACGGCAAGUGCACGGUAUCCGCUGGCGGCGCGCAGUGCGUCAGCGAUUCCACAGCGUCUCUUCGCGAUAAGUGGGAGGAAAUGAGUUUUGAGUUUGAAAAGCUUCAAUCCUCCAACGCCACAGUGGCUAUCGAGAAGGAAGGCCUGAAAUCGCGCAAGGCGCCGACGUGGAAGCUGACGUACACGCCGACUCCGACGCCGCCGGAAGUGCUCAACGCGGCGAACAAGGCCAAAGUUGCCAUUAUCAGAGAAGAAGGGUCUAACGGCGAUCGAGAGAUGGCCGCUGCUGUCACCGCCGCCGGUAUGGAGGCUUGGGAUGUCACCAUGAGCGACCUUCUUAGCGGUCGCGCCAACUUGAGCGAUUUCCGCGGCGUCGUCUUCGUCGGCGGUUUCUCUUACGCCGACGUCCUCGAUAGCGCCAAGGGAUGGUCGGGCGGUAUUCGUUACAACGCGUCGCUGAAGCAGCAGUUCCAAGACUUUUACAACAGAUCGGACACGUUCUCGUUGGGUGUGUGCAACGGUUGCCAGCUCAUGGCGCUCUUGGGCUUCAUCCCGUCCGACGGCGGCGUCGGCGCGCUUCCGGAUUCCAGGCAACCGCGUUUCAUUCACAACGACAGCGGUCGCUUUGAAUCUCGAUGGACCACUGUCGGCAUCGACGAAAACACACCAGCGAUGAUGUUGAAGGGCAUGGGGGGAUCUCGCAUGGGCGUUUGGUGCGCGCACGGUGAAGGCAAAGUCAAGUUCCCAGAUGAGAGCAUGCUGCCCGACGUGUUGAAGAACGGCCAAGCCGCUGUACGAUACGUCGACGCCGACGGAUCGCCGACGGAACAGUACCCGCUCAACCCCAACGGUUCGCCGCAUGGUAUCGCCGGUUUGUGCUCGAAAGAUGGUCGUCACUUAGCGAUGAUGCCUCACCCCGAACGCGCCUUCAUCGGUUGGCAAGUUCCGUGGGCUCCGGCGGACGCCGGCGUCGACCCGUACGGCCCGGGCCCUUGGUUACAAAUGUUCCAAAACGCCCAAAAAUGGGCCGCCGAGAACGGUAAGUAA